UAAAAAGCAACGGCAUCAGAAACUGUUUACUUGACCUCAUUUCAGUGCGUUAACGUAUAAAUAACGUUGAUUGAUAAAGGAAACGGAAAGUAAUAUGAAAUGUUUACUAGUUUUGUUCAGGAUCAUUAUGUUUUUAACUAUGUUUAAUGGUAACAUGUAAUAGCGGAUAUAUAAAUAAUUCAUUUUAUACUUUUUCCUCCGAAAUUCCUUUUGUGAUUACACCAUAUUGCAGGAUGCAAGUGGAAGGACCGUAUUUAGGUCACAGUAUUCACAGCUAUUACUUAAGUUGGAAAAGUUAAUAGAGAUUGCCCCAAGGAUCGAACUCCGAUGUAUCUGUUCGUGCAUGGGAUUGCUGAAAGCCAGGAAUGAACAUUAGCAUAAUAGAAGAUACUAACUGGAACAACGACUGUACAGAACACCUUGAUUGUUACCUAGGGCAACCACACAAGAAAGCAAUUGAUAAAGCGUGGAGGAAGCUAACUGAUUAUAUGAAUCCAACACCAAUUAUAGAAUACGCAAGCCAAGAGGCAUUCUUUCCUUACAGUGUCAUCAGAGAUCUAAAGGAAUUCCAACUUACUUCUGAGAAGAAUGAAGAAAUUCUCAAGCGAGUUAGGGCAAAAGACCAGGCAGCAUAUAAUUGUUUCAAAUCCUACCUUAGAAAUUCAAAACAGUCUCAGCUUGCCGAAUCGUUGGAAUGCGUGGAGAUGGGCAAAGAUAUUACCGAUAAAGUGGAAGAGCUUGAUGAUACUUAGAACAAAACAGCUGGAUAUGGAAUAGUUAAAAGUGUGCAAAGCCAGGAAAUGCAUCUUCAAGAAGAACUGUAAAUCUUCAAACAAAUUCACAGAAAAGAUAUGACAAAAACCUGAUAUUCUCUGAUCAGUUUGAUAGUAAUGAG